AAGCGUCUUGCCUCAAGUGCGCAAGCGCCGCAGCCGGCCGCGCCAGGACUUGGAGAAGAAAGCGGGGCGGGGGUUACGACCCGUGACUGCGGCUCCGGGGGUGGGGCCACCAGGAAGUAGCCGAAUUCCCGUCCCGGUGCCGCGGCUCCUGCAAUGGCGAUCUUUAGUGUGUAUGUGGUGAACAAAGCUGGCGGCCUGAUUUACCAAUUGGACAGCUACGCUCCACGGGCCGAGGCAGAGAAAACGUUCAGUUACCCGCUUGAUCUACUGCUUAAGCUACAUGACGAGCGUGUGCUGGUUGCCUUCGGCCAGCGGGACGGCAUCCGGGUGGGCCACGCAGUUCUGGCCAUCAAUGGCGUGGACGUGAACGGCAAGUACACGGCCGAUGGGAAAGAGGUGUUGGAGUACCUAGGCAACCCUGCUAAUUACCCGGUGUCGAUUCGAUUUGGCCGGCCCCGCCUCACCUCCAAUGAGAAACUCAUGCUGGCCUCCAUGUUCCACUCGUAAGUCCCACAACCCUUCCUAGUGCCUAUUAGGCUGCGCCUGGCUCUUCGGCUGGCAGGGUUAGUAUGGUUUUGCGGGCAGUCCUGAGCGGCAGUGCUUACCUUUCUCUACUUAAGUUGUCAAUUCUUGUGUUACAUGAAGAAAAAUAACUGAUGCAGUAUGACUAGCUUUUAGGUAAUGCUGGCAGUGGUGGGAGCUUGCCUAAGUCAGAGACUUCUCAGCCUUAGUGUUUUCAUUUUUAAGGCAAUUGAACAAAAUGAUCUUUAAGGUCUUUUCCUGCGCAGCUAUGGUAGGAGAUGUGCUGGGUAUGCAAAGCACCCAGCAGUAACUAUAUUGACC